AUGCAUGUGAUUCUGCCCAUCACUAAAAGCUGGAGCCGGUAGGUUUUGGGGUGUGGGUGUGGCAUAUCAAUCUCCUCAGUGUGGUUUUAAACUGUUUUGAGGUUUUUGUUUUACAAUCAGGUGGUACAUAAAUUUUAUAAAAUAAGUCACCCAAACAUCGCACCCUGGAUUUGUGACCUGUGGCAGAGCUGUAUUCAGCCUGGUCAGGAAGCCCACUUGAAAGCAAAUGCCUUCUUUGCAAGAGGAUAGGUGCUGGGGACCCAAAAGCCACAUCCCUUGAGUUUGGGGAGCAAGAGAAAGGAACUUGCUGCCUCUUUCACAAGCCUAAGCAACUCAUGCAGGUCAGACGCAAGUCGAGCUUGACCCAAGCCAAGCGGCUGCCCCAGUGGCGGCACCAGAACCUCAGGCUCCCCUGUCACGUUGCAGGGCUGAAAUUACUGGGUGGCAUCGUGCAGCCAUUUGGAGGGACACACAAAUGUUUUGGACACCAGCUCUGAUCUAUUUCAGUUCUACUGGUUGGGAAAGCCAUUCCACUACCAGCAGCAAUAACACACAUCCCCACCAUACCCACAUUAGCCUGUGAAAGUGACAGCUUCCCCCCUUCCCCAAACUCUGGGAUUGCCCUCCAUGCCUUGCCUGUAGCUGCACCUGUGUGCAGCUGAAGCUGGAAGGAGAGAGAAAGAGAAAAAGGAGGAUGGAGUGUCUGUGCUUUGUUUUCUCUCCUUCAGCCAAUCAGAUUGCUGUGCUUGGUUGCCAAGGCUACCCUUGUGAGCAGAGAUGGAGGGGGCAGCUGCCUAUAUAAAGGACCAGCAUUCCUCCUGUGUCUAAGAUUAGCUGGUGCUGCUUUGCAUGGUGUAGGCUUUGGAGUGGGGGGAGGAGGAGGAGCAGCCACUGCCGAAGCCUAUAUUUACUCUUGGGAGACCCAUGGGCAAAAUCCGUUUAAAUGCUUUUUAAGGUGGGUGGAGGGGUAUUCUGGAUACCAAGGUCGGUGGGGAGGGGAUGGAGGCUCAAGGGAGAGAAGAGGGAUGGUAGUGUAUCAGAGAGAGGGGGCAGGGAAGGGAACGAUUUUCUUGCAUGGUUGACUGAGCUGUUCUGGUAACCAGGUGGAUUUCCCGCCCCACAUCCUCCAUAUCCCCACCCCCACCCCUUACAGAGAUCUCGGAUCCCCAGCAGCAACUGCGCCUCGGGGUGUUGCAAAAGCUCAGAGUUCACCGGAGAACCCCCCUGGCAUUACACCUAGCCACCCAGGAAGGAGGAAGGCUUCGGGACUUGGUGAGGCCUUGGGAGGAAAGGAUGGAGGUGGAGUGGAGGGUGGGGUGGGGUGGGGUGGGGAAGGGCGCUUCCCAGGGAGAGGAGGGAGGAAGGGAGAGGGACAAACAUCGCAGGCACACCUUCACCUGAAAUGGGCACCUUUCCCCCUUCCCAAACCCCAGGUCUGCACUUCACGAUUAUUAAUGUGGGUUAAAGACACCAUUCCCCCGUUUUGUUUUUGUGUUUUGUGGCAGGGGGAGAAGGAGAGAGAAAGAUCUUGACGUAUAUAUGCUGUUGUUGGCAGGUUCAGGACAAAUAAAAAUACAGUCCUCCUUUAUGCAGCUCAUAUUUAAAACCAUGGCAUUUGCAUGGCCACCAACUUGGAUGACUUUGAGAGAGAACUGGGCAAAUUCAAGAAUAUUACUGUUGUUGUUAUUAUAUUAUUUGUUAUUAUUAAUCACCUAUCCACUGUACGGUCCUCAGAGCAGGUUACAGCGUUAAAACACAAUAUGAAUAACAAUUUAAAACAACUUGCAACCGUAAAAAUAAGGCGGGUCCUAAAAUCAUACACUUCAAAUGUCAAAAGCCAGGGUAAAGAGGUGUGUCUUCAGCAUUCUCCAAAAGCUGCAUAAUGAAAGUGGCAGAUGCACUUCUGUGGAGAAGGUGUUCCACACUUUAGGGGCUGCCACCGAGAAGGCCAUUACCCCCUAAGCCUUUGAGGGCAGAGGAACAACCAGGAGGGCCCCCUCCACUGACCUCAGCCCCCAAGAGGUUCUGAAGGGAAGGAGGUGGUUGUUCAGAUAUUUAGGGGCCUGUGUUAUUUGGGUCUUUAAACACCAACAUGAGGACCUUGACUUGUGCGCAGAAAUGACCUGGCAACCAGUGCAGCUGCUUUAAAACAGGAUUAUAUAAGAUUUAAGUGGAACCCCAGCCAGUAAUCUGGCUGGUACAUUUUGAAUCAAUUGAAGUUUCCGAGUUGUCUUCAAGGGCAGACCCACAGAGCGCAUUGCAAUAAUCUAGUCUGGAAGUUACCAGAGCAUAAGAGUACAGUGGCCAAGUCAUCUCUGUCCAAAAGGGGCAAAAAAGCUACAACUCCUUUUAUUAACAGCCACACAUAGAAGCUUUUCCUAUGCAUCCCAGAUGCCAGCUAUAUCCCUUAAUUCCAAAAAGCUCAAAUCAGUGGUUCUGAUUUAUCGAUUGCAGGGCUGUUCCAUUGGCUCAGCUGAGGCAACAGUAACUUUAGUCUCUCCAUCAAUGAUUUCCAUUCUAGUCAGUUCAAAAAAUGCUAAGUGUCUGAGUUUUCUGUUUUCCUCUUCCCUCCCAAUCACUUUUCCUUUUGUGUCACAUAUUUUAGAUUAGAGGGCAGGGAGUGUCUUAUUACUGUAAGCUGCUCUCAGAGCCUUUUUUGGCAGCAGAGCAGGGUAAAAAUGGCUUGGGUCCAAAGUGCUACUCAGGAUCAUGCAAGGUAUUUCUGUUAUCUAGUGGAAUUCGCUUUUUUAAAAUAUGAAGAAGUGUUUUUGAAACUUUCCUCAUUGCUGUGUGACAUGAUUCAGCCUAAAGUUGGUUUAGAAAUUAUAAAUUCAAGUUUAGUUGUUUAUUCCCAGGUACCGUAAAUGGGAACAGGAUUGUGGCCUUAGCUGCUGCUUUGGUUAGGUUAAUCAUUUUUAAAAACUCUUUAAUCAGCUAAAAAGGGGGCUCACAAUCAGGCCACAUAUUUGAAAAACAUAAAUUAUAUUUAAUAAAAGUGUCUGUGCAAAAACAAAAACCCCUGCAACCAUCUAACAGUGUAUUAAGAGAAACAUUUCUCCCUUGCAUGGAAGGAAUGUCUCUUCAAAGAUUAUGCCUGCUAUGGCACAUGUGUGCAUCUGCGAUGCUCUAAUCUCUUGCCCCUGAACUCUGUGCAGUGCCCCAAAGAAGAUAAAGGACAAACUCUGCAAGAUCCACUUGUCCCAACAUGAGAAGAGAAUGGAACAGAUGCAACAGAGGUCAACAGAGGCUUGGUGAACUCCUGAAAUGCUGUGCCUUCAGCUAGGGAAAAUCUCUUUCUAGACUUCCACGUUUCUAGUCCUCAUGGCUGGUCAUUAGGAAUAACUUGGGUGGUGCCCAUGGAGGCAAUGGAAGGCAUGGCUGCUGAGCACCUUUCCUUGGCCCGAAUGGGAGAGGAGGAAGAGCCUGCCUUAACUGUUCUUCUCCUUCCUUUUCCUUCGCAGUGUGUUGCAUACUUAAAAACUAUACCCCCUACUGA